CUCCAGCAGCCCGCCUCUCCUCUCCUGUGUGCAGCACCGCGGACUCGCACCGCAGCUCCAUCGCUCAGGUUCCGCUGCCGAACAUGUUUAGAGUAUUCGGGUCAGAUGCUGCUGGGAUCAGAAAGUCGGAGAUAUGAACAUUUUGCGCUCUGGGACCUGCUGCUCAUACCAGCACACCCUUGUUCCGCCAUGACCCCCAGCAGAGAAUUCUGGGAUUGACGUUAGCAUCACUCCCACUGAUGGCCUGCACCAGGUUUCAGCUAACCUGCUGAAGCUAUGGGGAGCUGUUGGAGCUGUCUAUACAGAGACGCCAUUCAAGACAACCACCCCACCAAGUUUAAGGUGACUAAUGUGGAUGAUGAAGGGAACGAGCUGGGAUCGGGGACUAUGGAGCUCACCCAAACCGAGCUCAUUCUGCACACACGAAAGCGUGAUGCCAUCCGGUGGCCAUACCUCUGCCUGCGACGUUACGGCUACGAUUCCAACCUGUUUUCCUUCGAGAGUGGGAGGCGCUGUCAGACAGGGCAGGGGAUCUUUGCAUUUAAGUGCUCUCGGGCAGAAGAGAUCUUUAACCUGCUGCAGGAGCUGAUGCAGUGCAACAGCAUUAACGUGGUAGAGGAGCCCAUGAUUAUGACCCGGCCUGGCCACACACCAGAGAUGGAGAUGCCUCGAACCCCUCAAACACCCAAUACUCCCGGGUUUCCAGGGCAGACGUUUCCUAAUGGUUACCCAGGGUACCCUAUAAGCGCAGACUCAUCACAGCCCUCUCUUACUGAUGACCACAGACACAGCCUCAUGGGGAUGGAUGACCAGACACAUACAUAUGUGAAUACAGUUAGUAUGGAGAGUGAGCUUUCAAACCGCCACUGUGUCCGUUCCAUGCCUGAGGUUCGGCCCCCCACCUUCACUGAGGCGUCCGCCAAACCUGGCCAACCCAGCAUGCACUGCUGCGGCAUGGACGACUCCCUCAAGGACCCUCAGCUCUUCCUCCAGCCAGGGGCUCAGGAAGUAAAGUUCAUGCUGGGGCCGACGCCGGCACAGCGCCACAUGAUGGAGCGAGACAGAGACAGAGACAGGCAUUCCUCUCACCCUCUCCGAGCGCCAGAUGGCAGCUCUGAAACCGAGGGAGAAGAGGCUCCGCCCCUUCACAUGUGCAACACACAUUCCUAUCACCAUUACCACCAUCAUCUUCACCGGCACUCCAGCAUGGAGCCUUGUCCGGGAAGCCAGCUAACGUAUGAGAACAUUAAUGGUCUUCGUGGGCCACGCAGGCAGAGGCUGAGCCCCAGCAGUGCCUCCCAGUCGCAGUCUGUGGGCUCAAGCAGCAGCAGCAGUACAGCUGGAGAAACACACCCACAUACACACCCACACUCUCUGCCACUUUCACACACACAUGCCCCCUCAUUGCCACCGCAGGGCUAUGGCGGGGGACAUCGCCGCUCUGCGCUGCUCAAUUAUGAGAACCUGCCCUCACUGCCGCCAGUGUGGGAGUACCGUGCUCUACAGCGUGAUGAAGAAGAGGAACAGGAUGACGACGAGGAAGAUGAUGAGUAUGAGGAGGAAGAGGAGGAGGACUAUGAUGAUUAUGAAUACUCAGAGGGGCCAGGAACCCCGAAUGGAUAUCAUCAGGAAAGUGGUGGAAGUGGCGGGAUUCAUCGCGAUGCCCUGCAAAACUAUGUUAACACAGAACAGAUUCAACCUCCCACCCAUCUGCAUCACGCGUGCCCUCCUCAUCCUCAGCCCUCAGAGAGGGGUGGCCGAGUUUUCAGUUUUGAUUUCCGUCGGCAUCGGGCGGGGCGUGGCACAGUUGGCAGUGCAGCCUGCGAGCAGCAUGGUCGCCACCUGCCCCCUCCACCCUCUCGCCAGCUCAACUACAUUCAGGUGGACUUGGAGACUGGAGCCUCAAGUUGCCCCGGACACGGAGGGGGUGGAGCUCAAGUGCCACAGAGACCGCCUCCAAUGAAGCGUGGCAUGGCUACUGCCCCGGUAAUGCCUCCCUCCCGCCGUGGUGAGUGUUAUGCUGUGAUUGAUCUGCAGAAAACCGCAGCCAUGUCCAAUCUGCAGAAAGCCCUGCCUCGUGAUGAUGGCACGUCCCGAAAGACCCGCCACAACAGCACUGACCUGCCUCUGUGAGACAAAAUGAGUGAUAAAAAACGAGGAAAGAAAGAAAGUUAUGGGUAGAAAACAAAGGAGCUCUGUGGUGUUACUGUCCUCUCACCAUUUAUUUGGAGUUUCCAUCCUCGCACUCAUAUUUCCAACACAUUUGCACUUAAGCUACUUCUUGUGGAUACAAUGAGGCAAAACCGAAUAUACCAGCUGUAUUUUAGAGAAAUUCGUGCAAUUUCUAAAGAUGGUCCAUAACUGAUUUUGGUGUCCAGUGACCAUCAAAUUGUAAUCAAGCCCCUCAUUUUAAAACUGAGCCUCAGAAUUAUACCUUUACAGGUUUGUACAAAAAGGUGAUUAAAAUGUUCUAAAAGGAAAUAUCGCAUUCUACAGUAGAUCAGAUCUAAAACAGCUCUGUUAACAGCUGUAUUUUCAGCUCACGUAAAAACAGAGUAAUAUGUGUUUAAAGGCUUAUUUAUUCACAGCAGUUUUUACUUAAUCAUCUGGUCUAUCAUUAAAUUUUAUAGUAUAAUACAUCCUAGAGCAUACAAACAUUUCCAUUAGAAUAAAAUGUAAACACUCGAUACAUUUAAUUUUACAUAAAAUACAGUUUUAUGUAAAAUUUGUUUUAGAAAGUUCUUUUUGUUUGAAAGUACAAAUUAGGAAAGUGUAAAAGACAUUCCAGUCUUUAAGAUUACAGAUUGACUGCUGUUCCCCCAAAGUAAUCACUUAUCUGUGAUUCUUGUUCAAGUGUUAAUGAAAUCUAAGAGUAUGUAUUUAUGUAAAUCUAUGUUUUGGAAAAACUGUGCAAAGCAUCAUAGCCAUGCAUAUGCAGAAGGAAGGACUUUCAUUAUUUUUUUAUUUAAAAAGAAGUCAUUCCAUGAGCCUUGAUUAGGCAAAUCUUAUUUAUAUUAAUUUAUUUAAUUUUAUUAUGCAUAUUUAUGCAUUUAUGGAUUUGUUUAAUUUUGUUAUUUGACUUUUAAAAAUAAGAGUAGAUAGCGUAUAUUUAGAUUAAUUGUCUUCUAAAGAUAGUGUAGGCGAUGAUGAAGACGAUUGAAUCCAGCUUUGUUACGUCAUGUCACGUCAUUGUAACGUUGUUUUUAUAACUACAGUUUCAUGUGGAAUAAUUUUAUUUUCGUCACAUAUUGUGCCAAACAAAUGAAUAUAAUACUAAAUAAUGUGCCAACAGUGUAUAUGGAGUUUGAGGGCUAACUAUCAACAGCAGCUGAUAAUAAAAAAAAAAUAUGGCUGUGCUCACUACACAAAGAUUAUAAGCUAUCCAGGGCUAAAAUGUGGAUGAUUUAGAUAUUGCCUCCCGUUUAUACAUGCCAGUUCAGGAUUUUCCAUUUUCUUUCCUACAUAAAAAUUUGGAUGUUUUGUUGUUAGUGGCAGAAUUCCAGUCAGUGUUCAUGUAUGUCUGUUCCACCUAUAGUACCAGGUAGCCUACUGUACAUGUUGCCUUGCAGUCACACUAUACUGUGAAAAAGACUAAUAUGAAUGAUGGCUUCAAUUCUGCGAUUACUAGGUGUUCAUAUACACGAGGCUUAUAGCUCCAAGAAUUAUUGUUAGGGAGGGUUUUUUUAUUUUUUUUUUUGCACAAAGGAUAAGACUAAUCUCAAUUGAGAUUCUGACUUUAGUAUAAGAUUAGGGUUGAUAUGUGUUGGGAAAAAGCCUUGCAAUAUUUGCUUGUUUUUUCAAGUCAUUGUCACCAAUUUUCCAAAUUUUUCAUUUAGAUACAAUGGUUUUGUAUAACUGUAGUGUAUGUUCACAUUUUAUAAACGUGCAAAUGUACCACAGUUAAACAUAACUAUUACCAUCUUCAGAAACAGUGGGUAAGAGUUCUAUAUAACUGAAUCAUACAUUGUAUGAUUCAUAUAACUGAAGCAUAACCCAUAACAUUAUUUUUCCCGUUUAAACAUUAUGAUUACAGAAAAUACACUUGCCACUUAGCUUUAAAAGUGCUUAGUAUGUUAUAAGUAUAUGAAACUUUGGAAAAUAGGUGGAAACAGUAGUAUGGAUUCUUUUUGUUUUAUUGGGUGGGGAUGUAGACGCAGUGCUGAAGCAUCCAGUAGCCAUGCUGAAAUGAGAGGAAAUCCACAUGGAGCUUCAUUGCCAAAUUCUUUAGAACUUCAGAUCUAGUAAAACUUUUUGUUGGUGCAGGAAAUAUUUAAGCCUCAUUAGCCUUUUGUUUGGCCUAAAAUUCCAAUAAUUUUAAUAAAAGUAGUGAUUUCUAAUUCAGAAUUAAUUUCUUGAUAAUUCCAACAGCUUAGUUAUUCAAGCUAGAGGUGAUCGAUCUUCACAGAGUCCUGCAUUUCACUUCAGUACGGCUGUUAGUGGGGUCAAGCCAAACAAAAUCAACUUGUAAUAUACACUCACACAGGUACAUUGCAGUGUUUGUAAUGUACUCUAAGAAUGCGAUGAUAAACUAUUUGGACACUUUUGAACACUUUUAAGAGAGUCAAUCUAGUUUUAACAUCUAUAUUUUUGGUAUUGUUGUGUGGAAAAAAAACAUUUUGCAAUAACAGCUACUGGGGUUAUAUCAGUGUUUGUCUAAGUUGUAAAAAAAAAUGACGAUCUGUGUGUGUGUGUUACGAAGAGAUUUCAUCACCUUUCAAAGAGGUCUUAAUCAGCACUGGCUUUGCUGUCUUUCUCAGGCCUUGAUAUACAUGUGCUGUUGGGUUUUAAUUCAGGCAUUGCUGGGAAGAGGGAAUUGUAUUUGUAUUAAAUGUGACGUGGGAUAAUAGAUAACCUAAUUGUGCUAUCAAAAAAAGUUAUUAAAUUUUGGGGGGAAAUAGAGGUUACACUAGGAAACCUUAGAAUUGUGUGUUCAUGUUGUUUGUGUGAGACCUCUUUGGAUUGUGAGUGUUUUAAUUUUCAGGAUUAUCCAUUUUUAACAUUUUUUAUUCCAUCAGGGUCAAAGAAGUAGCUCUUCGCUGUGAAUUUCAUAUAUUAUGGGUUACAUUUUAGACCCAUGCUAGUUGCACUGAAAAUAGAAAUAGGACAACAAUAAUCCUGAAUUAUUAAAUAUUAAAUCCCACUGUAAAAAAAAUAAUAAAAAGAAAAUAAAAAAGAAACGUUUUCAGAUUUUACAAAGAAAGGUCAAAUGGUCAUUUAGCAUUUACAGGUAUCUUAAUUGCAAUCUUUGUUUAGAUUUUUCCUCGUCGACUUGUUUCCGUCAAAACAACUAUGUACCUCUCCGUUAAUGCAAUGUCAUAAAUGGGAUUUGCAUAUAAUUCUAUGUUCAUCCAAGCCUGAGAUAAAUUUUCAGCAGAAGGUAAUUUUGAAGGAAACCUAACUGAAAAGUGAAUGACUUACUGGCAGUCUGGCUUCAUAUUUUGUCUUAAUAAGGCUUAGGCAGAGCUCACUGACUGUGAUGUCCUGCACAUUAAUGUGAAUGAGUGCCAAAUGUGUCUGCGUAAGAGCGAUCGAGAGCGGCUCAUGCAUGGACUCUUUAGUGGAACUUGCUGGGCUCAAAGCUCUAUGAACAGUCUACUCUCUGUAUGAAUGUAAUACACAGAGAUGGACUCGUAAAACGCCCAGAUCAGGCGAUUUACACUUGAUGUUUCUAUCUUCACUGAUUAAAAAAAAAAAAGAAAAAGAAAAAAAAAGUGUUACUGUUUUGUCUUGAAAAUUCGAUUUUUCCAGUUGGUUUCUUUGUAUACAGUAUUUACAUUUUCUUGUAAGUAUGUAUUUCUGUGUGUGUACAUAACAUAUCUAGGUAUGCGGUGGCAGUCAGCUUCUCCUGUGUUUGUUUACACAACACACUACUACUUUUUUGCCACAGCUGGUGAACUGUAGGAAGAACCGUCUGUGCACCGGAAUUCAUUUCGUUAGAUGGACACUGCGACGAGACACAGAGACGAGAUCCUGAGUAGUCUGACGUAGUUGCAGUCCUAACCUUUCCCUCCUCCUUACAAUGCAGAGCAGGCAUGCCCCAUAUUGAAUGUUAUUUUCAGUCGUAUAAACCUUUGAAAAUAAAGGCUUGUACAAUAAAAUGAAUGUGAUUCAAUGUAUUGUCAAUAU